AAUUUCUAUAUAUUUGUAUAUUCGUAUGAGAAUUAUUUGACGAGAAAAAAUAAUCAUAUUUCAUUAAAUUUUGUCAAAUAUAUGUUGACAUUCUGUACUGUUGCCAAAAAGUUUUCUUUGUUUCCAUCAUAACUAUAAAUCAGGCCUGCUAUAAAUGAUAAUUGAUUGGUUCGUAGAACUGUCUGCUAGCCAACUUCCUGCGUCCAACGUUCACUUUCACAUCGAGCUGCAGUUUUUUUUCCAAAUUUGGAACCACGUGUUUUUUAUGAACAGAAAAAUUAGUUUACCGUAGAAAAAAUCUAUUUGAAGUUUGUCGAUUCAAUUUUUCAAAAUGGACUUUGGAUAUGUUUCUGAUGAUGAAGAAGAGGUAAGAAAUCGUGAACCGCAAACCAGAAUGUCUCCCAUUUACCCUUCAACAUCGCAGGAAAUUAAAAUUUUAACAACAAAAGAAGUUAAGAAUGUAAUUAAACCGAAUGAAAGGAAAAGAAUAUACAAUGCAUCUGAAAAUGUUGUUAAAUAUCAUUAUCAAAGGAAUAAUGAAGAAUAUGAAAUAAAAAAUAUCGCUAAAAGUUUCUAUUGGAAUCCAAGAUUACUUGAAAAAAAAAUUAAACAGAAAAAGCAUGAUAGCUCAAUAAGAUUAGAUUUGUAUGAAAGAGGAUUCCAAUUAUAUCAAAGUGAUAAUUUUUCAAUUUUUGAAAAUGUCGGUGAAUUUUCGAAGAACUACACAAAAUUACCGCCUACUUUGGUGAAUUUGUGUUUCAAUUGUAAAGAGUACGGGCACUUAAAGAGUAAUUGUAAAAAUGAAUUCUUUAAAGUAUUAUACUGUUUUACUUGUGGUCUAAAAGGCCACAAGACACACGAAUGUAAUUCACCAAAGAAUUCAAAUGACAACAAUUUCUGUAAUUGGAAAGAAAUCAAUAUUAAUGAAACAGUUCAAGAGCUAACAAAUAGAAAAUAUCCGGAAAGAGAAGUAAAUUUUGGUGAAAUUAAUAAUUUCAUUGACGAUGGAUAUGCCCCACACUGUGAUAAAUUCCAAAGAAACAUUGAAUAUGAAGAAGAGGUACUGAAAUAUGGAGGCAAUAUUUACACAAAACAAAGCUUUGAAGAAAUAAAAUUCAGAAAGGAAAAGGAAUUGUACAGCAACCGAACUGAGAAAGAUUUUAAGAAUGUUUAUGGAUACACCGAAAAAGAAGAAUUUAAUAAAAAUAUCGUGCACGAGAGACACAGAAGAUGUUUUAAUUGUAAAUUAUUUGGACAUUACAGGAAACAAUGUUCAUUAAAACAAGUGAGGAAAUACUGUUACAGAUGUGGUAAAGAUAAUAUGACUCGAAAGAAUUGCACAAAUUGUAACAAGAAAGGAGAAAGUGAAAUACCAAUCACUAUUCAUAAUUGAGAUAUGAAGUUGGUGGUGCAUUGGAUUUUAAAAGGAGUUUUUAAACAAAUGGAAGCAUUUCGUGAAAGUUUUGAAUCUGUCUUUCCGGUUGGAUAUUAAAGAAUUCGAGUCAGUCUUCUACGGUCAUGUGCAAAAUAGAGGACAACGAGGUGUGAGAUUUUUUAAAGUAAAACAAACCUACAACUUUAAAAAAUAUCUUUCAAAUUAAUGAGUAAAUUAUCACCAGACACAAAUUGUCUAAUUUCAUCAAAACUUAAAAUCGAAUUAUGAGUUUUCACUUUAUAAUCUAACUGUAAGAAACGAUGCUUACUUACAAAAAUUAAUCAUUUUUCUUUAAUGUCAAGAAAUAUAGGAUUGAACUUUAUAAUUUAACUUUCAUCUCAAGGAUCACAUUUUGAUUCGGUGUACUUGAUUUUCCUGUAUCAUUUGUUUUCGAAUUUGCAGCUCAACGUCUCUUUGCAUUUCGAUUAUUAUUUAGAUAAUUUUCGAUUUAUUAUUUUUUAUUAUUAUUAUUUAAAUUUUCAUAAAUAAAUGUUGCAAUAAUAAAUAAUAAAAUUGUUAUAACUAGCUUCUUAGUUUAGAAAAAUUGUAACAAUGUUUUGAUACUACUGUUACUAUGCAUUUCAUUUAUAAUAAAUUGAAAUUGAAAUAACUUGUUAUUUUACCUUUCAAGUGAUGAAUUUUAAAUAAAUAAACUUUACCUUCUCAUGCGAGAUGGGAGAAUACUAAACGAAUCGAUGAACAGUUUGAAAGUAAAACUAAAGAAAAUUCCAUAUAAACAGAAAAGAAAUGAAUAAUAAAAAAUAUUCUAAUGGACAAAAUUGAAAAUACGAUGCUAUUAUCUUAUGCAUUGGUUAAAAUUUUAUUCCUCAUCUAAAUUUGCGUUACACAAGAAAGGGUGAAGUGCAUUAAAAUGUUAUUUAUUUCACUCUGCGCGAAACUAAACAUUUUAAUAAGAGUCCUCGAAAGACCUUCAAGCGUUGAGGAAUAACAGCUAUACAUUACUUUGUAAAUAGAAGUUUCUUUCAAAAUCGCUUUCAAAAUUUUUUGUUUCAAGAAACUUAAAAUAAUCAUUUCAUUUAGGAG